GAUCAAACGCUGCUGUCCUCCUCCGCUCUGAUGACAGAUGGAGCAUCCUUCGGUCUGAACUGCAGCACCCAGCAGGAUGACUGGUCUUAUCGCCGUCUGCUGCCUUCUCCUCUCUGCUCACACUCUCCACACAGCCGGUUAUUUGACUGUCUCCAUUGAGCCACUUCCUCAUGUUGUCAUUGGAGACACAGUAACACUCAAGUGCAACUUCCAAACCGAUGGCAACCUCCGAGAGAUCGUGUGGUUUCGGGUGAUUGAAGGAGGAAGUGCCAAGCAGAAGAUUUUCACCUACGAUGCCAUGGAGAAUACCAGCUACUCCCACAUGGAGGACAAUCGCAAACGAGAGGACCUGGUCUACCAGUCAACUGUGCGGCUUCCUGAGGUCCAGAUGGAGGAUGAUGGCCUGUAUGAGUGUCAUGUGGGGAUCUACGACAGGAGCUCCAGAGACAAAGUGAUUCUCGCCUCUGGCAGCAUCAUUCUCACUGUCAUAGUACCUCCCAAGUCAAUCUCUGUGGUGGCAGCCAACAGCCCAGCUCCUUUCAGUCGCUACGAGGCCCAGAACUUCACUCUGGUUUGCAUUGUUACAGGUGCAAAGCCAGCUCCCAUGGUGUACUUCAAACGGGAUGGUGAGCUCAUUGAUGUGGUACCAACUGCCCAAUCUUCCUCCCCAGUGGGAGACCAAAGCAAGGACCCAGUUGAAGAAAAGAGCAGGGGGAGGCGUCAGGCAGUGCUCUGGAGCGCCCAGGGUCUCACUAGUCGAGACAUUGAUGACACCAAACUCCAGAAGUCCCUGUCCCUGCUGGAACAAGAGGGGAAGCUGGCUCGACUGGGUCAAGAUGGCCCCAAUGGCCCGGAACAGAGACAAAAACAAGGUUCAAAGUCGGACCCUGAGCCAACCACCGAGACGAUCCCAGAGACAGUGGUGAGUCGGGAGUUUCCCCGCUGGGUCCAGAGCAGCGACCCACUCUACUACUUCCAGCACCGGCAGCAUGCAAGAGGUGAUGGCACCAUGGAGGUGAGAGCCAUGUUGACCUGGAGCCUCAACCCCCAGCUGGACAACGAGGCUCUGUUCAGUUGUGAGGUCAAGCACCCAGCUCUGUCCAUGCCCAUGCAGGCCGAGGUCACACUGGCUGCUCCCAGAGGACCCAAGCUGUCCAUGAUCCCCAGCCAGGCCAAAGUGGGAGAUACAGUGCGGAUCUCUGUCCAGGGCUUCCAGCUGGGACCUUCUGCAAGCGAGGUCUUCCCUGAGCCCAUGUUCACCUGGACCAAAGUCGGUGGGCAUCUGCUGGAUGGCAGUGAGGAACAUGAUGGAAGGGAACUCGUUCUGGAGAGAGUUCCUGCUGAGCUUAAUGGCUCUAUGUUCCGCUGCACGGCCCAGAAUCCUCUGGGCUCGACAGACACCCACACCCGCCUCAUUGUGUUCGACAACCCAAGACUGAAGAAAGGAAAAGAACAUUUAAUUGCCAUCGGCACAGCGGCCAGUCAACGCUCCCACACAUUAACUUCCAUCUUGCUGCUGCUGAGCUUUACCUGCAAGCUGACAUGAUUCGAGGCUCCUGCUCCUCCCACCCACAUCCACCUGAGGCAACUGCUCUGUCAUGAUCCCCUGGAAUAGCU